AUGCCUCUAUCACGUGUUAUUCUUCAACGUACACUUGUUCGUGGUAAACAAUGUUCAAAUAAUCAAUAUGAUACACAAAAUUCCUAUAGAGUUCAAAAUAAUUAUCAAGAUUCCUCGUUUGACACUGAUUUAUCACAAACAAAACAUCAUAAUGAACGAUUGAAACAAAAAUAUGAUAAUUCUGGAAAAUUGAUAUAUGCUUACGAAGAAACAUUAUUACCUGAAUGUCAUAAAGCUUUUCGUAGUCAUUGUAAUCAAAGAACCUAUGAUAUGACUUCAUAUUACUUGGCAUCAUAUUUAUCAUCAAUGACAAAUGAUAAUUCCAAAUCAUCAAAUAAUGCAAUGUGUAUGGUAAGCGAAUGGUCAUCAUGGUCACAUUGUUCUGUAACAUGUGGUACAGGAAUGCGUACUCGUUCUCGUACAAUGUUGAAAGGUCGAGAUAAUCCUCAAUGUCAAUCAGAAUAUCAAUUAAUGGAAAAAGAAACAUGUCAUGGAAUGAAACCAUUAUGUGAACAAGGCUGUUUAACAGAUAUAAUAGAAAAAAAACGUAUAUGUAUGCAAUCCCUUGAAACUGGUACAUGUACACAAUAUGAACGACGUUUUUAUUUUAAUUUGGAUAUGAGUAAAUGUCUUGAGUUUGAUUAUAGUAGUUGUGGUGCUAAUGAUGAUAAUUUUCUUACACGUGAUGCAUGUGAAGAUACAUGCGAUAUUUUAUUACGUGGACGAACAGAGGAUGGUAAAGAUACACGUUGUAUGACAUUACCAUGGUCAGAAUGGAGUGCUUGUUCAUCUGUUUGUAGACGUGGAACACAAGUUCGAUUUCGUGCAUAUAAAGUAAAAUUUUUAGCUAUGGGUUUUUCACAAAUAUAUCGUUUAUCAGAUACACGAAAAACAAUGAUUAAAAGUAUGGAAACAGCUGAAAAAAAAAAUAAAUGUAUGCAACCAUUUGAACCAGAUCCAUGUACAAAAUUUAUUAAUCGAUUCUCUUUUGAUGUAACAACACGUAAAUAUUCAAACUUCCAAUACGAUGAAUGUAGAGGCGAUGAAAAUAAUUUUAUGACACAAGAUGAAUGUGAAGCUAUGCGGGAUGAACUUAUUCAAAAUCAUAAAUCAAAUAUAGGUUUUUUUUCUAAGACGCAUGAUCGUUUUUUUCUUAUUUCAAUUAGUGAAUGGUCAUCAUAUAUAAAUGCUAUCUGUCAUCAACUAGGUACACAAAUUCGAACAAGAAUGUAUGCAAAUAAACGAGCAGCGAUAGCUGCACAUUGUACAGAACAUUUGGAACAACAAUGUACACUUGAUGGUGAUAAUAAUCAGUCGAAAAAUAAACAGAAAGAAAUGAUGAUGACGAAUAUACCAAAAGCAGUUGAUCGACCUUGUCAUCCAUGUUGUGCAUGUGAUGAAGCUAAAUUUCAAUUUACAUUUCAAGGUCUUUGGUCAAAACAAUCACAUCCAAAAGAUUGGCCAGCUGAACAUCUUCUUCAUUGGUCUGAUAUCAUUGGAGCUGUUCACAGUGAAGAAUAUUCAUUAUGGAAUUUUGGUGAUAUUGCAAGUAAUGGUCUUAAACAAACUAAAUUGGGUGUUAUUCGUAAUUUGAUGAUUGUACCUGGUCUUUGGACAGUUAAUAUAAGUAAAACAACUACAGGUGCUUUUACAACUUCAAGAAAUCAUCAUUUCUUAUCAUUUGUUACUAUGCUUGGACCAUCACCUGAUUGGAUUACUGGUGUAUCUGCUCUUGAUUUGUGUCUUCCAAAUUGUACAUGGUUAGAUAACUAUGAAGAAUUACAUCAUCCAAUUGAUGCUGGAACAGAUAUGGGCGUUCGAUAUGAUGGUCCUAAACGACCGGAGAAUCCGCGUAAACCAAUUGCACCAAUUGUUUCAAGCAAUCAACCACCUCCAUUUGCUAAAUUGAGUAUUAAACCGAUUAUGGUACAAGGUGUAGCUUGUCCAAAUGGUCGACCAUAA